CACCCAUCGCCUCGUCUCCCUCCUCCGGCCCACCUCGCCGCCGGCCCUCCCCCUCGCCUCCUCCCAUCUCGCAGCUCCGGAGGCUGCCGGAUCCACCGCAUCCCCCAUGCACUCAUCCCUCUCGCGUCCCAUCUCUCACUCUUCACGCAGCUCCUCGCUGCGCCACCUGCAGCGGCUGAUUCAGGCGACGUCCGGCGAAUCCCGUGACCGUGAAGCACAACCCGAGGUCCCCUGGCACCGCGGCGCUUUCCCAUCCGGCUAGAUCCGGCGCUCGCAUCCACGAGAGCCCACCUGCGACCCUCCCCCCAUGGCUAGGGUUUCGGCGUCGGCUCCGGCGCCGGUGGCCGUGUCCUCCUCCUCCUGUCCGAGAUGCAGGGAGGAAUCCUUGCUGCUGCUCGGGACAAAGCAGCCGUGGAGCUUCCUCCUCCUCGUCCUGCUAUGGCUUCAGCAAAAUAGGAAGUCCAGUGAUGACAGUUUAAAGCAGAUGGGGAGCAACGAGGCUACCACGCAGCUGUACGGCGGCCUGAUAAAGAGUUUCAUUAUUUGGAUUUCAGAGCAGCCACUUACUGAAAGCAUAAUAAGGAUCUCACGAGGAGGUGGGAGAAGGGACGCCAAUAAUUGCUGCAGAUUCAGAAGAUAUAUGGAUGAUUAUAUGGGUGUGUGGAAAGUAUACUGCAAUGAUGAUGAAGAUGAUGAUGAUCAUGAUGAUCCGGUUCAUGAUGAUGAUGAUGGAUGCCUUCAGUUUUGGUUAAGUUGUAGGGAUGUUGUUCCUGUUGGAUGAUGUUAUUCAGUUAAGCUUUAGUGAAGUUGUAGGGAUAUCAACAAAAUAUUUAGAUUAUGCAUCACAUUGGGAUGAUGUUCCUCAUGUAAUAUCCACUAUUGUAAUCCAACAUUUUAAUCCAAUAUAUGAUUUUCUUCCUCA